AUGGAGGCUAUGAAACAACAGCGGGAAAAGGACGCGAAAGAGCUUUCAGCCUUGAGGGCUGAAAAUGAAGCACUUAAAAAUCCAGACCCUUCAUGGAAACCUACUCAGCCCACCAAUACUCAGACACAAGGGUCUUACCAGUCUCAUGGAGUCCACACAUCGGUUCCACAUGGUUCAGCCGCCGCACCAGAAAAACUCCCUUCGGCUUUGCCCAUAGUCAACCGUCCCACUGACGUGGCAACUAUUGGAUCGCAUCGCCACCCUUUCACACCUUCUAUUAUGCAACUGUCCCUGCUCGAUAGUUGGAAAUUAUUACCCAUUGAUAAAUAUGACGGUACAACCGACCCUGAUGAACACCUUGAUGUUUUUCUUACGCAGGUAACCUUGAGCACCACGGACGACGCUGCCUUGUGUCACAUUUUCCCGACGUCUCUCAAAGGCAGGGCUUUGAGCUGGUUCACUCUGCUACCCCCCAAUUCAAUAGACUCGUUCAACAUGUUAUCCGCCCAGUUCACCAUUCAAUUCGCAACGAGUCGUCCCCAUAGCUUGACUUCUUUAUCUCUGGUCAGCCUUCGGCAAGACAAAAAGGAAUCGCUCAGGACAUUUAUGGAUCGGUUCAACAAGGCAGCCUUGGAGAUCCGAGAUCUCACUCCGGCCGUAGCGCUCCACCACCUCACAACGGCUUUAAAGCCGGGACCGUUCGUCAAUAGCAUUUGUAAAAAGCCUCCUUCGGAUAUGAAUGACCUACGAAGGAGGGCUGACAAGUAUAUGCAAAUGGAAGAGUUGGAAGAAUAUCGUAAUCAAGCCAGAGCCGAACCAGUGAGUAUGGCCGAAAAACAAGUAGAACAACCGUUCAGGGGCCGAGGUAAAAAGAUAGCAUUAAGAGAUAGACCCGUUCGUGGACCAAAAUACUCUCAUUAUACACCCCAAAAUGCCAGUAGAGCAGCAGUACUGGAACAAGCUCUCUCAUCGGAAGUUUUGGCAGUGCCGAAAAGGGCAUCCACUCCACCACGCGCUGACACCAGCAAAUCUUGUCGAUAUCACCGCAAUCGGGAUUCUUCUCGGUGUCGCUCUUCAUAUCAGCCUCGAAACCAAGAUCGGCGAACUCAGGACCAAGCUGAGAGGCCUCGGCGUGAACGAAGCAGGUCAUGGGACAGGAAAGACGACCCGACAUCUUCGCGUAGAAGGGUCAUUAAUACAAUCGCAGGAGGAUUUGCGGGCGGGGGCUCUACUUCUUCAGCCCAAAAGAGGCACUUGCGGGCUAUCCGAUCAGUACAUGCCGUGGAUAGGCAACCUUCCCGAAGAUUGCCAACCAUAACUUUCAAAGAUGCCGAUUUUCAGGGUAUUGACCCCGAGCCGGACGAUCCGAUGGGUAUUGACCCCGAGCCGGACGAUCCGAUGGUGAUCAGCAUAGAAAUUCAUAACUGCAUAGUCAAGAAGACGUUAAUCGAUCAAGGCAGUUCGGCGGACAUUCUAUACUGGAAUACCUUCAAACAGUUGGGUAUUUCAGAAAAGGAGUUAAUCCCAUAUGAUGACCCCCUUGUCGGUUUUUCAGGUGAAAGGGAGAGCAGAGAAAUUCAAGUGAAGUACAUCGUGGUACACGCCAGCACGUCAUAUAACAUCCUCCUCGGCCGCCCCUCACUAAACAUGCUGGGAGCGAUUGUCUCAACACCACACCUAGCAAUGAAAUUCCCAUCCGACAAAGGAAAGAUCAUUACUAUCCAUGCCGAUCAAAAGGCUGCUCGAGAGUGUUACUUCGCUAGUUUUUGA